UUAACAGUUCUUGCGGAAACCGGACUUUCCCCCGGGAUUCGGCUGUUAUUAUUAGCGCUCGGGAUGCGCCACUGUCGCUCCUCCUCCAAAGAGGGCAAAAGAGUAUGAACUGGAAGGGCGACGCAGAUAACUUAGACUCUGGAGGCUGGGUGCUGAGACAGGAGCUGCAGGCUGCACGCAUCAACCCCUUUUCCUUACAAGCAGCGCGUCUCCCUGCAAUGGAAUCAUAACCCUCAUCUGCCCCUUUCCAAACAUACAAAGCAUCACUCAGGAACCUUUUUUUUUUUUAAACAAGUUGUACUGAAGAUCUCGCCCCAGCGGUGGAUGAGUCAGGAAGAUGUGGUGGCUUUUAAACAUCAUCGCUUGUAUCCUGGUACUGUCCCGAACUGUCUCGGCACAAAGUAAGCAGAUCUUUGGAGACGGGGAGCAGGUGCGGAUGACGUCCGAGGGCUCGGACUGCCGCUGCAAGUGCGUCAUGAGGCCCCUGAGCAAGGACGCCUGCAGCCGGAUCCGCAGCGGCAGCCUGCGGGUGGAGGACUUCUACACCGUGGAGACGGUCAGCUCGGGCGCCGACUGCAAGUGCUCCUGCACGGCGCCCCCGUCCUCCCUCAACCCCUGCGAGAACGAGUGGAAGAUGGAGAAGCUGAAGAAGCAGGCGCCCGAGCUGCUGAAGUUGCAGUCUAUGGUGGACCUUCUGGAGGGUACACUGUACAGCAUGGACCUCAUGAAAGUUCACUCCUACAUCAACAAAGUUGUCUCUCAGAUGAACAAUUUGGAGGAGACGAUUAAGACCAACUUGACGCGGGAGAACGAAUUUAUGAAGGACAGCGUGAUCAACUUGACCAACCAGCUGAAGCGCUAUGAGAACUACUCUGACAUCAUGAUGAGCAUCAAGAAGGAGAUCUCCAGUCUGGGCCUACAGCUGCUUCAAAAAGACGCUGCUGCCCCGGACAGCAAAGUGCAGGAAACUGCUGGUGGGAAGCCUAAGGAGGCAACCAAGUAUCCUAGCAAAAAGGCCAAGCCUCCAGCCAAACCCCCCAAGGAAAAACCUGUGAAGCCCAAGAAAGACAUCGUCAAGCCGGGGAAACCUGACCCCACUGCAAAAGCCAAGGUGGCCGGUCACCAGCCUGGGGUCAUCAGGGGCAUCACCUACUACAAAGCUGCCAAGAUGGAAGGCAUAGAGCAUGGCACGACCAGCAAAGAAAACACAGUGAGAGCUCACGGCCAUUUUGAUGCGAAGGAGGUGGUGACGGAGGAGAGGCCGCAGAGCUCUGAAGAAGGGAGGGCGGUCGCCGUAGAAACGCCAGCAGCCACCACCACUGUACCCACAACCCCCAGCACCACCACGACCACCACGGUGUCCACGACGACCACGGCCAAGCCAGAGAAACCCGCGCCCACCAUUUUACUGGUGUUGGACAACUCAGACAACAGCAGUCGUUAUCUGCAGAACCGAGCAGCAAAAGAUGUGGACUGUGAGGGGACCAUAUCCUCUAUUGAGAUGCCGGAGAAACAUCACAGCUACGGGCGAAACGAAGGAGCGUGGAUGAAGGACCCAGUGGCCAAAGAUUCAAAGAUCUACGUCACCAAUUAUUACUAUGGCAACAAUCUGGUGGAGUUCAGGAACCUGGACAAUUUCAAACAAGGGCGCUGGAGCAACCUGUACAAGCUGCCGUACAACUGGAUCGGCACCGGCCAUGUGGUCUACAACGGCGCCUUCUACUACAACCGGGCCUUCACCAAGAACAUCAUCAAGUACGACCUGAAGAUGCGGUACGUGGCGGCCUGGACCCUGCUUCACGACGUGGUCUACGAGGACACCACCCCCUGGAAGUGGAGGGGCCACUCGGACAUCGACUUCGCCGUGGACGAGAGCGGCCUGUGGGUGAUCUACCCGGCCGUCGACUACGACUACUCCCAGCAGGAGGUCAUCGUCAUCAGCAAGCUGGAUCCCGGCGACCUCUCGGUCAAGAAGGAGACCACCUGGAAGACGGGCCUGAAGCGCAACUCCUACGGCAACUGCUUCAUCAUCUGUGGGGUGCUGUACGCCGUGGACGUCUACAAUCAGAGGGAAGGGGAGGUCUCCUAUGCCUACGACACUCACACCAACACAGAGGCCAUUCCGAGGCUGCCUUUCACCAACGAGUACGCCUUCACCACUCAGAUUGACUACAACCCCAAAGAGAAGGUCCUGUACGCCUGGGACAAUGGCCAUCAGCUCACAUACAACGUCAACUUCGUGGUCCAGUAAUGCCGGGGUCCUUGGGUCAACAUCUCCAUCCUUUCGUCAAGCACUUUGUUACUUUUGUUCUUCAUUUCUGUGAGAUUCUUCUUGGUUGUGUUCGGUCAUUAGUGUGGUGUGUUCCAUUCCAGUCAAGUGGUAUGCAAAAGAGUGCAACGAAGAGCCGGCACUGAUUUUCUUCAUAAAUGAGAGAGGUUCACAAAAAUUGAAGCAGCGACACUUAGGAAAGACAUCAGUGCCUUCCCAAAGAUUGUGUGUGGCUGUUUUUUGUUAUUAUUUGUUUUUUUUAUUAACGUGUUACAAAGGGACAGAAGAUGUGCCAGGCAAUGGUUAUUGGACAUUGAUUUCUAAAGGCAGAAAAGAACAAUUCCCCUUAAUGUUCUUUUUAAGAAUAUGGAGUCAGGUUUAUCACGUCUUAUAUUAGAACACCGUUUUGUGUUUCCCUUAUUGAGAGAAACAGCCUUCUGAGGUAUAAAUAAGCAUCCUGAACUACCAAAUGUUUUUAUUUUUAUUUAAGGACUAUGAAAUAUCAGUCAUAUAAAUUGUAUGUCAUUGCAUUCUAGUUUUCUUGACUUUAACAGGUAUACACAGUUUUUGUACAAAAUACACUAUAUAUUUAUACUUUGUCAGCUAAUGACUAUCAGCAUCAUACUGUAGCUAAUAAAGAGAGGGCUGUUGUCUCUAGAAACUAGGCAAAAUGGCAGCAUGAUGACAUUGUAUUUUAAGACUGCAUUUUUAAAGAAUUACUUAAGACAUGAUGCAAUCUUUCAGAGACAACAUACUGUACAAACACAAAAAGGUAACAAAGGAGAGGGAAUCAGCCCAUCUAACCCAUUUGGUAUUUAGGAGUUAACUGAUCCACUGUUCUCAUCCAGCCAGUUUCUGAAAGAAACCAGGGUAUUAUGUAAUAGUAACACAGAGAAAUAAAGCAGCAUUAGGUGUUAGCAAGUAGGAGUUUCAGGCUAAUUAAGGUGAAAGUUUCAAAUCCAAAGGGAUUUUUUAAAAACUUUAACAAAUGAAUAUGCUGAAAACAUUUUAAUUUGGCAACAUUUAUGAAAUUACAACAUACAUACUGUACUGUAUUACAGUAUUGCAAUAUCCAUAAAUAUAACACAUUUGCUUUCCUAUAUCCAUGUUGAAAUGUUUCAAUUCAUUUAGCAACACUUGAUGGUUUCCGUGUUUACGCAGGGGCUGUUUAAUUAAGCCCCUGCUUAAUUAAGACAUAAGCAAAGCUGUUGUUUUAUUGUUUUAUGUAAAAUGUUAAAGUAUAUUGUGACCAAAAGUGUUUACUAUUACAUAAAAAACAUACACACUCUAUGUGAAACUCCUCAAUCAAGAAUAGUUAACUUCUGCAGGACUAACAAAAAAAAUCAAGAACACAAACAAAGAAAGAAUGCUUUCAUUUCCCAUUACUUUUCCACGUAAGUGGAUUUAAAUCACAGGUUAUUUACUUCUGACGUUGUUUCUGUUGGGGUUUUUUUUUGUCAAUAGAACAUAGAACAUUUUUUUCUAUGUGGUAAAAAAAAAGUUCGAAAAGAGCAGGGGUACGAUGUGAGAACUGAUUUUUUAAUCAGACACAGAUUCUUGUAGUAAAACAUUUCGUAAAGUUGUUUUGAAUCUGAUGUUUGUGUGUGCAGCAGAACUCCAUGCCCUCUGUGUGCCAGCAAUAAUGUUCCAGUUCCAAAGAAAAGUUUUUAUUC